AUGGUAAAACCAAAAAUUUAUGAUGAAUAUGAAGCUCAAAAAGCUGUAAAUGCGGCAAUUGACGAUACUUCGAUUGAAGAUGAUUUUGUUGAUCAAUAUUUUGAGGCUGCUUUGGAAGUGCUGACUGGGAAGGUCCAGGAACGCUCUGCGGCUUCUAAUCACAAUUUGGAUUUGAAACAGUUGGAAGCGCUUUUGAAGUUGGCGAGGAAGAAGCUUGGUAUUAUUUUUACUUCUUUUUUAGUUCUAGAGCAAUUUGGACAGAGUCCUUUACAUUUUGACACCUUUUAAGCCCUAUAAGGAAUCAUUCCUUCACUCAUCCUUUGAUUUUAGGCGGAGCGUGUUAUAUUACCAAAAGCUUAGAAUAUCAAACCC